GCUGAUAAUAUUCUGAAAGAGCCAAGAGGUUUCACUUCUAGUAUCAGAUAAAUUUUUGGCUUUUAAAUUCUGAAUUUUGCGACUUAAUUAUUUAUUAUUAUUGAUAAUUUAUUACAUUACUAGUUUCGUCGUGUUUACUUAUUACAGUGGCGAAUGACAAUUUGUUCAACUCAAGUUGAUCAAUAAAAGGAUAGUUUGUUGUGGGAGUUCUAAUUAACCUAGAAUGCAGUGUUUAAUCCAAUUUGGUCCGUUUGUGUUCCUGUUAUAGCUGAUUUUUCAUUGUUGUUUUGAAUUUACAACUUGAUGACAUUUAUAGUGAACAUGAUGCAAGUGAUUUUAACAUUUGAUUUUUGAACUGAUAAAUUGAGGACAGUUAUUGUUAUGUGUAUCAGUUUACCAACAUUAUUUUAUAAGAAUGCAAUGAUUUAAUUUAGGCUAAGCAUAACUUAAGAAAUUUUAAAUAAAUUAAUAAUAUAGCAUUAAAUUGAUGUCUUAGUAGGUGUCACUGUAGGAAAAUUAAGAAAUGAAACUAAUAAUGUGUUUACAAAAUAAGAGUUGAUAGAAAUACUUUAUUCACUCAUUUUUUCUAUGCUGCAAUCUCGAACUAGAUGUUUAAAUUGUCAAUGACGAUUUUAUAUUUGAUACUGCCAAAUCAUAAUUAAUUUUGGUUUCUACUUAAAUAAUGUUUAUUCCCAAACCAGUGGUUUUAACCAUUUUUUAAUAUAAUUUUUUCCCAUUUUAUUUUAUCUUUUAAGGCCUGCGUUUCACUAUGGAAGCUGAUCCCAUUAGUGUAAUUUUGGUUAAAAGUGAUAGUAAAGGUGAUAGACUUUUGUUUAGAUACCCUCAUACCACUGACAUCAGAUCGGAAUCAAGUCAACAAAAUCGUAAAAAAAAUACAUAUUGUUUUAAUACAACUGAAGACGUUUUACACAGUCCAGCUCCUCAAACAUUUAACAUAGACAAAGGGCAUUUAACUGGAUUCACAGAUGAGGUUUUGUCAACUUUGUUUGCUGUGAAGCAAGAACUAUGUGAGAUGAAGUUCGAGUUAAAGGUUAAUGAUGUAAGAUUUGUCGGUCACCCAACCCUCCUACAGUCUAGUUCAAGGAAAGGUUCGUCAGAUAGUAAACAAGGCAAUCCCUCAUGUGUUUUGAUAAAUAUAGUUUUUGCAUUACAAGCAGUUGCAAAUCAUUCCAUUGUUAAAUGUUAUUAUGAUCUGAGCAGAAGGUUAGGUGUUGCCCUGAGGCAUGAAGAGAAGCGCUGUGGAUAUGUUACAGAUGAAAUGAAAAAAAUGAUAAUGGCCCAUGACGAAGUAUCAGUUAGGCAUGAAGAAGAAGGAUGCAAAGUGGACAACAAUAAGACCUCACCAUUUGAAAUAAUCUUGAAGCGAUGUUCCUUAGCUUGUGCUUUGCGCACAGUGUAUGAUGAUCUUAUCUCCUCUGGCUUGGUGAGACUGCGUAUCAAUCGUUGGAUCCAACUUACUUUCUGUUUGCCACAAAAGGUUCAUCAGUUUAACAAGAAGGGAUUCAUGAUAGAGCCUGAGACCAUUGACAGAUGUCUUCAGAGCCUGAGACCCUACCAUGGGCUCUUACUGCUUAUAGAGCCUGGUCAGCUGCUGGAAAGCCUACCCCUGGAUUCUUCCCCUGCACUACUGAGACUACUCAAGAUGUACAGUCCACUUAAGAGCCUCCAAACUCUCUCCGCUGAUGCUGAUCUCACGUUAGCUCAGGUGUUUAAUCUAACAGGACAUUUGGUCUACUGGGGCAAUGCCAUCAUCAUCUACCCUCUCUGUGAGAGCAAUGUCUAUGUACUUUCUCCAGAUGCACCUACCAAUACCAAUUCACCUCUAGUUGAGAAGUUUUCAGAGCACUUUCCUGGAGAAUCAUUACUUCAGGUAAUGAGCGAGUUCUCGUUGCCUGUAUCUCUUCGUUACAAGUUGAGCCCUGUCAGCCAGCCGCAGCAAGCCACUCGUUUACUCCAGACUGUGGUGUGGCUACUGCAGAACAGGUUACUACUGCAGCUGCACACCUACACGUACUUCAUGCCUACAGAAAAUGGGCUUAGUCAAACGCAGGAUAACAACCAAGGGCGGACUAUAUCACUGAGGGAAUCCAGCCUGUUGUCGACACCGGAGGACACGCUGAGUGUGAGCGUUACGAGAGAGGCGAGUGAGACCGAUGCCAGUUCUACACUCAGUGACGAGGGUGUAGUCCCUAGCAUGACGACAGUGCAGACCAACAACUGGCUGGACAGAAGUACAGAGAGCAUCAUCCAUGAAGAUCUUCUCACAGACUUUACAGAAGAAGAGAGAGCAGCCAUCCUGAAACUCCCUGCAGCAUCCAAUGCGGAUGAUCUUAAACUUCUAGUUCGACUAGUGCAGCAAGGAUAUCUGCAUGGGACACACCACUUGGAGGAGAUCAUGUAUUUAGAGAAUGUUCGAAGAUCACAACUUCUCCAGUUGCUUGAUAAGUUCAGGGAGGUUUUGAUCACUUGUGAGAUGGAAGAUCCUGCAAUAUCUAUGUUUUAUUUGCACUCUUCAUGAUUUGAUGUGGUGUGAUAUGGAGUGAUCCAACUAUGGAAUGUUUAAGUGCUACAUAAGGGAGUGAUCCAAUUGCUUGGAUUUUGCAUUAUGGUGCUAUACGAGGACACAUGUAGUGAUCCAAUUGUGGGCUGUUGAAAUCUAGUGUGAUAUGACACAUGGAGUGAUCUGACUGUGAGAAACAUGCGUUUCUGUGAAUUUUUUUAGUUAUAUAUUUAUUGCUCAACCUUAUUAAGUUUAUUGAGUUCCUAUUGAUGUAAAUAAUUCUCUGUUUUUUGUGUUGCAAAAUAUUUAUCCAUGUUUUAAUUGAUUAGUAAAAAUGUAAGUAACAACUCAUGAAAAACAGCAGUAUAAUGUUUUGAUAUGAAUGAAUUUGUAGACUAUUCCAUUGCAUAAAUAUUUAAAAUAAACACUGUGAUUAAAUAUAAUGUUCAUCUGUUUCUAAUUUAAA